CCAUUUGACAUCUCUAGCUGGGGAUACCUUUGAGGCAUCAUCGAUGGCAUGGCAGAUGAUGGUGGCAGCGAGCAGAGUUGGUCGUUGAGAGCCUUAUCUGAGUCAAGUGUAGCUUGUAUAACCGGUGACUAUGCAAUGCAAAAUGUUAUUAUUCAAAUGGGUUUGCGUUUGCUUGCACCCGGAGGAAUGCAAAUUCGCCAACUGAACAGGUGGGUGUUGAAAUGCCAUGCUUGCUACACAGUAACUCCUGAAAUUGGAAGAAUCUUCUGUCCCAAGUGCGGUAAUGGGGGCACUCUGCGAAAGGUAGCGGUUACAAUAGGCGAGAAUGGCACCAUCAUAGCUGCACGCAAACCUCGUGUUACACUUCGAGGGACCAAAUUUUCGAUGCCAAUGCCUAAAAGCGGAAGAGACGCAAUCACCAAGAAUCUAGUUUUAAGGGAAGAUCAACUUCCUCAAAAGUAUCUCCAUCCCAAGACCAAGAAGAAAGCAAGCAAACCGGGAGAUGAGUAUUUUAUAUCAGACGAUGUGUUCAUGCACCAUCACAGUGAUAGAAAAGCACCAUUGCAGCCUCCUGUGAGAAAAGCUAUGGCCGUUUUCAGUCAAAAACGGAACCCUAAUGACAACCAUUACUCUCGUUCUAUGCACUGUUGAUUUCUUCUACUUUUAUUUGUGCCAAUGUUUUUUUUCUCUUCACAUUUUUCUUCUUUUUGAUAGUUUCAAAACUAGGUUUGAAAAUGUUUAAUUUAACAUGUGAAUUUUGUCACACCAUCACCUGCGAA